AUGAUGCUUAUGAAUGGGAAAGGUUCAUAUUUAGAUCCAAAAGCAAAAUCCAAUGAAUCCUUCACAAUAAAUCAAGGAAAAACGUAUAGAUUGAGGAUUUUAAACGUGGGAAGCGAAUGGAGUUUCAAUUUUCGAAUCGAAAACCAUACCUUGCUAUUGGUGGAAACCGAAGGCUCGUACACCAAUCAAAUCACGUUAAAUUCUCUCGACAUCCACGUGGGCCAAUCAUAUUCUGUUCUUGUCACAGCUGAUCAAGAUGCUGCUGAUUAUUACAUAGUUGCAACUGCAAAAAUGGCUAAUUCAACUCAACUCAAAACUCUUCAAGUUAUUGGUGUAUUACACUAUGAAAACUCAACCAAACCUGCUAAUGGGCCUAUUCCAAAUGGGCCUGAUCCAUUUGAUGUGAACUUUUCUAUCAGUCAAGCUAGAUCCAUCAGGUGGAAUUUGACAACAGGUGCAGCAAGGCCUAAUCCACAAGGUACAUUUAAUGUAUCAAAUGUGACAUUGUCACAAACUUUUGUUCUCCAAAAUUCAUUGAACUAUAAGAAUGGUAUGAUAAAUUAUGCCAUCAACAAUGUAUCUUAUGCAACACCAAAAACACCAUUGAAACUGGCUGAUUAUUACCUUAACGGCGCCGGAGUUUACGAGCUCGAUAAAUUUCCGGCUAACGUUAGCCUACCGGAGGUUGUUUAUGGAACAUUUGUUGUGUCUGGUGAACACAAAGGUUGGCUAGAAAUUGUCUUUAAGAAUGAGUUACAAGUCAUGGAUUCUUGGCAUUUGGAUGGAUUUAGCUUCUUCGUUGUUGGGUAUGGUUUUGGAAAUUGGAAACCUGAAUCGCGAUCUACAUAUAAUCUUCAUGAUCCAGUUGUUCGUUCUACUGUUCAGGUUUACCCAAAAGGAUGGACAGCUGUAUAUGUAUAUCUAGACAAUCCAGGGAUGUGGAAUUUAAGGUCACAAAAAUUGAAAAAUUGGUUCUUAGGACAAGAACUUUAUAUUAGAGUUUAUGACUCUGAUCCUAAUCCAGCCAAAGAACUCAUUCCCCCUAAAAAUCUACUCUAUUGUGGAAUUGUGCAGGCACCUCCACCAGCACCACCACCAGCACCAAGUCCAAAGCCAGAGCCAGUACCAAGCCCCGUUGCUCCAGUACCUCCGCCUCCUCCAGCACCAUCAUCUACAACUACUACGAAAAUAAAAUGGUUUCAUAUUAUUGUGGCUAUUUUUGUGAUUUUAAUCAUAUGA